AUGAGCCGCCACAGAAACAUAAAGAAACAAUCACAUAAAGAAUUUAUCAUUGUCAGAGCAGUUAAGAACAGGAACAUGGGCAGGAGUGGUGGAGCCAGACCCCGUACACCAGCCUUAAAGUUUCGACACAGCCAGAUAGACUCUGCAACUAUUAUGGAAACGUUAGGCGGGAAGCAGGCCAAGGUCAGGCGGGAAGCAGGCCAAGUAUUGGAGCUUACAAGAGAAAGUUCAUACACAGAGAACGACAAAGACAUUGGUGAAGGGAAUGGCACAGACAUUGGUGAAGAUGACAGAUAUAUUGGUGAAAAUCCGAAUGAAGAGUAUGAAGCAAUGUUUAGUACAGGUCAAGCGGGAAACAGGUCAAGGUCAGGCGGAGAGCAGGCCAAGGUAGAGAAACGGUUCCUCUUAAGAAAUAUAGACACAUCAACAUUCUGCAAAUUUCGAGCUAUAAAUCAAGCCUCUGGCGCCAGUGGUUGUGAAGUUGUGAAGUCCUCUGUGACGUCCUCUGUGACGUCCUCUGUGACGCCCACUGUGACGUCCUCUGUGACGCCCACUGUGACGCCCUCUGUGACGUCCUCUGUGACGUCCUCUGUGACGCCCACUGUGACGUCCUCUGUGACGCCCACUGUGACGCCCUCUGUGACGCCCUCUGUGACGUCCUCUGUGACGUCCUCUGUGACGUCCUCUGUGACGCCCACUGUGACGCCCUCUGUGACGCCCACUGUGACGUCCUCUGUGACGCCCACUGUGACGCCCUCUGUGACGCCCUCUGUGACGCCCUCUGUGACGCCCUCUGUGACGUCCUCUGUGACGUCUUCUGUGACGUCCUCUGUGACGCCCACUGUGACGUCCUCUGUGACUUCGUCACAGAGGACCUCCUUGAGGGCCUCGUAG